GCAUCCUCUGCUGCCACAGUCAAGAGUUAUUCGGACUCGGCUCAGCACCUUGUCAAGCAGCGCACUGUCGUCUUCUCGGGACGACGGCUUCUUGUGUCGGUCGAUCAGCCGCGAAAAUUUGGGAAAGCACAUCCCCUGCGUCUGAAACACCAUAGCGGAGCGGUCUUCCCAGGUGCAAGAGGCACCCUUCAGUGUGCAACGCAACGCAACGCACCGCAACGCAACGCACCGCACCGCCACCAUCCUCGCUCUCCGGGCCGAGUACGUCAAACAGCAACUGCUCGCUCGUCAUCUGGCGCACAUAGCUACUGUACAUGAUGUCGCAGCAAGCCCCAUCUCUGCCGCCAGGCUGGCAAGCGCAAUGGGACCCGACAGCCUCGCGAUACGUAUACAUUGAAACGGCGACGGGGCGUUCGCAAUGGCAGCUGCCGAGCACCGGACCCCCACCCGCUGGCGGCCCACCGCCAGCAGCGUCCGGCUUCCGACCUACCCACCCACAAGGCGCUGCUCGCAUGUCGAUGCCGCCAAUGCAAGGACCUCCGAGCUUGCGUGGCAUGCCAGGUGCUACAAAUACCCCACCACCCAUCGGGCCCGGCGCGCCUCUCAGCCCGACACCCAGCGUGGGGCCUAGUUCACCGCCUGCGACGAUUGGACCGGGCUCCCGAAGGAGGGCAUAUCCAACUGCGCACCUUGCGGCGAACAGUGUGAGCUACAGCUCAGGGUUCGACCCUGGUGCGCAGGGACUCGGUGGUGGCUAUGGAGCGCAGCCAGGCUAUAAUGCAGCAGCUGGAACGGGAGGACCAGACCAGGGGCCCCAGCUCUUCACACCUGGGAUCCCCGAGAGCCAGGAGCCACUCGCGGUUCAACAGCAACAGCAGCAACCGCGACCCCCCCAGCGAGGUAGCCCCUACGGCCAGAUGCAGCCGCCAGCGCCCAACGGCACCGCGGCCGCAGGGGGCGUCUAUGGCGGCUACGGUGCCGCUCCUGCUGGUGUCGCGGGACCCAACCAGAUGGCUGGCCUGCAGAACCAAUUUGCUUCCAUGGGCAUGGGCAUGGGUGGCGGCGGUGCUGGUGGGUACGGUCUCAAAGGUAACCAGUUGCUCACAAUCAACGUGGCCGGCAUACAGCCCGACGUCAACGACCUGGAACGGCCGCCGCCUGAGAUCCGCCUGCCGCCCAAUGCAUGCAUCACGCAGAACCCGCGAGCCAAUGCGGAUCCUUCGUACCAGCGCUGCACGCUCAAUGCUGUCCCCACCACAUCCGCUCUGCUCCAAAAGACGCGUCUACCGUUCGGCCUGAUCCUCACCCCGUACCGGUCUGUGCGCGAGCAGGAUGGUGACGAGCCUGUUCCUGUCGUUACCGACACGGUUAUCGCGCGCUGCCGGCGCUGCAGGACGUAUAUCAACCCAUAUGUCCAGUUCAUCGAGGGCGGCAACAGGUGGAAGUGUUGCAUGUGCAACAUCUCCAACGAGGUCCCACAGCUGUUCGAUUGGGACCAGGAGAACAACCAGCCUGCGGACCGGUGGAAGAGACCGGAGCUGAACCACUCGGUCGUCGAGUUCAUCGCGCCGAGGGAGUACAUGGUCCGCCCGCCCCAGCCGCCGGUGUACGUCUUCCUGAUUGAUGUCAGCUACAACUCGAUGAAUAGCGGCAUGGCAGCCACUGCUGCGAGGACCAUUCUCGAGUCGCUCGAUCGCCUUCCCAACGACGACGGACGCACGAGGGUGUGCAUUAUUGCCGUCGACACGGCUCUGCACUUUUUCUGCCUUCCGGAGGGCCACUCGGAGGCUGAGAUGCUUGUCGUCGGUGACAUCGACGAUGCCUUCCUGCCCAAGCCGAACGACCUGCUGCUUAACUUACGCGACAGUCGAGCUGGAAUCGAGCAGCUGCUUGGGCGCAUCGGCGACAUGUUCGCUGGCUCCCUCAUCGUCGGCUCGGCCAUGGGCGCUGCUCUGCAGGCAGCGUACAAGCUCAUCUCUCCCAUGGGCGGCAAGAUCAUGUGCCUGACGGCUUCCUUACCGACGCUCGGCCCUGGAGCGCUCAAGGCUCGCGAUGACCCCAAGCUGCUUGGCACGGCAAAGGAGAGCACGCUGCUCAGUGCUGCAUCGUCGUUCUAUAAGACGUUCCCGAUCGACUGCUCGCGAACACAGGUCUCCGUCGACAUGUGGCUGUUCGGCUCUGCAUACCAGGAUGUCGCAACGCUCUCGUGCCUGCCGCGGUAUACGGGUGGUCAGACGUACUUUUAUCCCGGCUUCCACGCGGGCCGUUCGGAGGAUGCGCUCAAGUUCUCGCAUGAGUUUGGCGAGGUGCUCGCGUCACCGAUCUGCUACGAAGCGGUGCUGCGUCUGCGUACGACCAAGGGUAUCCGUGCGACGCAAUUCCACGGCAACUUUUUUGUUCGCUCCACCGACUUGCUCGCCCUGCCCGCUGUCCCGCUUGAUCAGAACUACGCCAUCGAGUGCGAGAUUGAGGAGUCGAUCACUGCUCCCUUUGUCGUCUUCCAAGCUGUCAUCCUUCACAGCACCUCGUUCGGCGAGAGGAGAAUCCGUGUCGUCAACUUGGCCGUACCGACGACAACGAAUAUGUCCGAGGUAUACGCGUCAGCGGAUCAGCAGGCGAUUGCCAUGCUUUUGGCCAACAAGGCCGUCGAGCGAAGCAUCCAUCACAAGCUGGAGGAUGCGCGGGACGCCAUCAUGAACAAGCUGGUCGACAUCUUCACCACGUACAAAUCCACAAUGACCAGCGCUGGCUCGGGAGCUAGUGCGCAACUCAGCAUCGCGCAGAACAUGGCGCUGCUUCCGCUAAUGCUUCUUGCUCUUCUCAAGCACGUCGGUCUGCGGCAGUCGAGCCAGAUCCCUCCCGAUCUGCGUGCCUAUGCUCAAGCUCUCCUCACCACGCUGCCGACGCAGCUGCUCGUGCCUUACUUACACCCUAACUUUUACUGCCUACACAACAUGCCCCCAGAGGUAGGCACCUGGGUCGAGACGCCCGCGCCGGCCCCUGCAGUCCCUGCCGAUGGCAAGGCGGAUGGCGAGGUCAUGCUUCCAGGAUCAACCAGGCAGUUCAUCUUCCCGGCCAAACUCAACCUCACAAGCGAGAAGCUGGAGAGGCAUGGUCUAUACCUCAUCGAAGACGGUCAGACAAUCUUCCUAUGGAUCGGCCGCGACGCCGUGCCACAGCUGUGUAUGGACGUCUUCGAUGCACCCAACUAUACCGAAGUGAAAGGAGGAAAGGCCACGCUGCCGGAGCUCGACAACUCGAUGAACAAGCGAGUGCGCGGCAUCGUCGAUAGGAUCAGGGACUUAAGGAGGGGUCCGUACCGCCCGCAUCUGUACAUUGCAAAGGAGGACGGAGAGCCGAGCGUGCGCAUGUGGGCGCUGAGCAUGCUCAUCGAAGAUCGGGACGCAGGCGCUUCAGGCAUGAGCUACAUGCAAUUCUUGACCAAAGUGCGCGAUCGCGUCAACGGAGGCUCUUGAGCGACCCGCGUUCUGGGGAGCGGCUGCUGGAUGCGGGGUUGCUUGCUCAAAGGCUUCACAUUUGCAAGCCGCAUACAGACGAGGAAGUGAUUGCAGUGGACGAAUGCGACGGCUUCGAAGAAGAAUGAAAACAAGUGUAUAGAAAUGAAAAGGCACGAAACGUUGGAACAGUGUGCACUCGUC